AUGACCCCACUCAUAGGGCACGCGCCACCACUUGUUACCAUUCACUACGCGGUGAACAACGCCGGGGUGUCGGGGAGACCUAGACUGCGAACUCACGAGCUCGAGGUCGACUCUUAUGACCGGGUCCAAAACAUCAAUCAGCGUGGCGUCUGGCUCUGUCAAGGGGCGGAAUUGCGGCAGAUGCUGAAACAGGAGGCCAUAUUGAUCACGAGAACGGGUGCGCCGCCGCAGAGAGGAUCCAUUGUGAAUACCUCGUCCAUCUUUGCUCGCGUGUCCCAGCCGUCGGUGGGUGCAUACUCUGCCACCAAAGCCGGGGUGCUGGGCAUCACCAAAACAGAUGCCUGCGCAUAUGCAAAAGAUGGUAUUCGCGUAAACUCGGUCUGUCCGGGCUCCAUCCUCACUCCACGUACGUAA